AUGGCCAAGGGCAACGCCAGCAACACGAGCUGGGAUGUCUGCGACCGGAUUCUGGCUGAUGCUGGAGAGGCAGAGAAGCCUCAGCCGAUGACUGGCGAGCAGUUGCUCUUUUCAGAGGAUGGAGCCAUGCUGCAGGUGUCGCCCAUCCGCCUGGGUCUGGGCGCCUUGGAGCAGAUCUUGGGACUUCGCCCAGGGGAAAUCUGCGAAGUCUAUGGAGGACCCGGUGCAGGUAAAACUCAACUGGGCCUAACAGUGGCAGCUUGUGCUGCGGGUGCAGCUCAUCCAGUGCUCUUUGUGACAGCAAAGGACCACCCGAGUGCACUGGCAGAACGUCUUCACACCAUCCUGUUGGGUCGCAAGAUGAAUGAAGCAGCUCUGGAUCGACUUCGCAUCUACCAAGCCAUGGAUUUCGCAGACUUUGCCAAGAUCAUUCUCAGCUUUGGAGACACUUUGAAGUCCCAGCAGAACUCCAAGCCUUUGGCUGGUCAGCUUGGACGGCGAGUGAGCGAAAAGUUCUUGGAGAGCAACUGGCAUACCAUUGGAGCGGACCUGACACUCCCGAAAGGGGCUGGCAAAGGCCUCUCCUUCUGCCAGAUGCUGCCAUCUGACAGCCCCGAGAGGGCUCAACAAGGACAGCUCUUGGUGGAGUUUUUGAAAGGUCAACUGCCAAACUUGGCACAUUUGGAUGCUGUGGUGAACCUGGCAGGUGGCUUCGCUAUGGGCACUGCGGAGGAUCCAGCAGUGCUUGCCACCACUAUGGCCAUGGUCGAAUCUUCGGUUUACAGCUCCAUCGUGGCAUCCUACGUCUCGUCGCAGAUGCUAAAGACUGGGGGGCUGUUGAUCCUCCCCGGUGCAGCUGCGGCAUGGUCUCCCACAGCUUGGAGCUUACCUUAUGGCACAGCGAAGGUGGCAGUACAUCACUUGGUCCGGUCACUGGCGGAGUCAGAUUCCUUGCCCAGUGGCACUAAGACCAUUGGUUUGGCCCCGCAGAUCCUCAACACCGAGCAAAAUCGACAAGCAAUGCCAGAUGCUGAUUUUAACACAUGGGCUAAUCUUGAUGAAGUGGCUGAACAAAUCGAGUCCUGGUGUGCAGAUCCUUCACCUGUGCAGAAUGGCCAUGUCUAUUUCAUUGACAAGAAGUCCGGCUGGAAAGCCACCUUUGAGGCCUCUGUGGCCCAGGUGGUGGUGGAUGGCCUCACUUCCUUGUUGUCACCCUUUACCUCAGCCUCCAGCUGGGCACAUAGGUGGCGACUCACUUGGGCUUGGCGCGCGUUGCGACAGCUGGCGAUGCCUAGAGGUGCGACCAUGUGUGGCUCCUGCGUGCUGAUUCUUUCUCACACUGUGAAUGAGGGCACGUUGGCUUUGGGGCAGCAAUGGAACCCCGCUGCCACGCGGCGCUUGGAGCUGAGCACCGGCCACCUGGAGCUGCAGAUGGCCAAACGAGGCAUCCCAGUCGCAAAUGGUGCCACCCAGGCCGCCACAGCAGUUGAUCUUGUGAUUUCCGACGUGCGGGGACUUUUCGGGCGUGGCAGUCAUUGGAUCAGCACCACACAUGGAGAUGAAAUGUGCGCUGAAGCUGGAGCUACAGUCUUGGCAGAUUCCUCAGAAUGCUGGGAAUUGGGCCAAUCUUCAGAGGAAAGGGGCAAGCGUGGAAACAUCAUGAGGAUGGCGAUUUUCGUGACUGAUGGCUCCACUGGCUACAACUCCAGCCCUGGAGCUGCGACACAGGCUGCCCCCCAAUUGACACGCCGCAGGCGAGGUCAGCACUUUUAUGCCAGGCAGCUUGGGUCGAGGGGCAAGUACAAUGUGAACCGCAUGGGAAUUGACCGGAUGGAGUGGCCGAGAGCUGAUGCCAAAGAACUCUUCGUUCGCAAAGACCAACGCCGGGAAGGGUGGGAAGUGAAGUCCGUUCUUGUUGUCCUGCAGGACCCAGCCGCACAGGUGAUCAUGCGUGAGCUGAAGCAGUUCAAGCCGCUCAACGAGGGGUCGCUUCAAAGCAAGCUCGCAGCCCUCGAAGCACGUGAGGUGGUGGUGGGCUGUGGCCUGCGGCCCAUCGCCAUGGCCGUGUGCUGUGCGCGAGUGCUGCUCCUGGUGUUGAUAGCCAGGGGGGAAGACGUUGAUUGGAGCCCGAGGCCAACGAUCUACGACAAUGCAGGCCAAAAGUCUUUGUAUGCUCCAGAUGGGCCAGUUCAUUUGCUGAAAGCGAGCAGCUGCAAUCUUUCGCCCUCCUCCAGCUGGCAAAGCAUGGGUCAAGCUUGGCUCGUGGAGUACUACCACUCCAGCUGUCCACAUUGCUGGUACUUCGCUCCAGUCUUUCGGCAACUUGCGGCGGCCUACCAGGGAAGCCGAUCACUUAGGGUGGCAGCAUGCAAUUGUGCUGCGGAGGAGAAUCGAAAUGCUUGUGAUGCCAUGCAAAUCUACAGAUAUCCCAGCAUCCAGGUCUUCAAGGCCGGCAGGGAUGGAUCUGCUGUGAAGCUCUAUGAUGUGUCACAUACAGACAAGGAGGGUCAUGCCAAAUCGGCCGUGGACAUCCUACAGUGGCUGGAAGAUCAUCAGCUGCCUGCACUGCAUCCCAUGGCAGCUCAGAAAGGGGCGAACUUCGAAGCUGCCGAAUUUCUGUCUCCAGGGUCACCGCCAGGGAGACCAGGAUGGUCCUGGGACUGGCGCCCAGAUGACGAGCGAUUUGUGGAAGCUCGCUUGGGCCUCAUAGCUUUGCUCAACAGUUACAAUGGUAGCCCUGAAGCCCAUGCUGCCGCGCUUCGUAUGGCGACAUUUGUAGCUAAGAGCUGUUUGCAGGAAUGUGAUCUCUAUGCGCAGCUGGUCCAUCGCCUUGAGGGCGAUGACAGGACUGUGGAGUCCGUGCGCGCAGAGGUUUCACGAUGGAGUGGACUUUUUGCCAGGAGGAAGCACAUUUUCUGCAAGGACGAGACCUGUGCAGUUUGGCAACUCUUUCAUGUCAUGGCAGGCUCAGUGGCAGCAGAAGCCUUGCAUGGGCGACUGGUUCCGCAGCAUGUCUCCACAGCGUUGCAGUGGAACACACCUCCAACACCAGCAGAGGCAAUGAGUUUCUUCCGCGAAGCUGUGGACCAUUUCCUCUUCUGCGACUUUUGUCGGGAUCAUUUCCUUCGUGCCUAUGAUGGCUGUGAGUUCGGCCGCUGUGCAGUCCUGUCAUCGGAGCACGAUCAGGCCAAGCGCUUGGUGCUCUGGCUGUGGCGUAUGCACAAUGCAGUGUCCCUGCGGGUAUUGCGAGAGCAUCCUCCACAUGGAAAGGCAAUUGAUCGGCGAUGGCCAGCUUAUCGAGACUGCCCAGGUUGCUGGACUCCAAGCGUUGUAAACGGAGAGGUCCUCGAUGAGGAGAACUUGGAUUCGGCUUUCGACUUGGACCGAGUCUAUGGUUUCCUGCUGAGCUCCUAUGUUGGCCGUGAAAACGUGGAAAAACAUUUGCCACUGCAGAGCAAAGUCCUGACAGAUGCAGAUGCUGAGCGCGGCUUGUUGGGCUCCACACAUCUCCAAAUCUUCCAGAUCGCUUCUGUGCUAUUGGGUGCCAUUUCCUUUGUUUUGUUCACUCUGAGAUGGAGGACCCGAGAAUCUUCGACAGAAGCUUGUGAGUAA